CACAUGUCAUUCACUGAUCAGGGAGUAAGUACAAGUCUGGCACCACAAAAGACAUUUGCACCGAAUAACUGACCAGACAUUUAGUGUUACAAUAUCCACAAGACUGCACUGUGAGAUCAGCUGAGAGCAAGUUACACUGUACAAUGCGGCUCUGUAGUGUUGCUGUCCUGCUUGUUGUACUCAAGGGCUUAGAUUUCGGUCUGGCUGUAGAGACCCAGGGGAAAAACCAGUACCAGGUCGAGCACGGAGGUUGCAGCUACACCUUCCUGCUGCCUGAGGUGGAUGGCUGCAGUGCACCCCCUGUAUCCAACGCGCUGCAAAGAGAUGCUCCCGAGGAAUAUGAUGGCUCUGUACAAAGGCUGCAGGUGCUGGAGAACAUCAUGCAGAACAACACGCAAUGGCUGCUCAAGCUUGAGAAUUAUAUUCAAGAAAACAUGAAGAAAGAGAUGGUGGAAAUGCAGCAUCAUGCAGUGCAGAACCAAACUGCAGCAAUGAUUGAGAUCGGUACAAACCUUCUAAACCAAACAGCCGAACAGACAAGGAAACUGACUGAUGUUGAAGCUCAGGUGUAUAAUCAAACAACAAGACUUGAGCUUCAGCUUUUGGAACAUUCACUCUCAACAAACAAACUAGAAAGAGAAAUUUUGGAUCAGACAAGUGAAAUAUCAAAGCUCCAAGACAAGAACAGCUAUUUAGAAAAAAAGGUUCUAAGCAUGGAGGACAAACACACAGAACAGAUCAAAUCAAUGAAAGAAGAAAAAGAUAAACUUCAAAUUCUAGUAUUCAAACAAAAUACUAUUAUUGAGGAUCUAGAAAAACAACUAAUUACUGCUUCAACUAAUAACUCAAUUCUGCAAAAACAGCAGCAUGAUUUGAUGGAGACUGUUCAUAAUCUACUCACAAGAAUGACACCUCAAAGUGCUCCAAAGUCCACUUUUGUAGCAAAAGAAGAACAAAUAACUUUCAAAGACUGUGCAGAAGCGUAUAAAGCAGGAUUCACUGCAAGUGGCAUCUACACACUAACUUUACUCAAUACCACAGACCAAGUCAAGACCUACUGCGAUAUGAAAAAUGGCGGUGGUGGCUGGACUGUGAUUCAGAAACGAUUUGAUGGCAGUGUUGACUUCCAUCGAACAUGGAAAGAGUACAAAAAGGGAUUUGGUGAUGCUUCUGGCGAGUACUGGCUGGGAAAUGAGCUUGUCUCUCAACUGACAAAUAUGCAACGAUAUGUUCUCAAGAUCCAGUUGAAGGACUGGGAAGGAAAUGAGGCCUUUUCAUUAUAUGAACAGUUUUACUUGGGAACUGAAGCUCAAAAAUAUAGGAUUCAACUCAAAGGAUAUACCGGGACAGCGGGCAAAAUAAAUAGCAUAAGCCAACCAGGAAAUGAUUUUAGCACAAAGGAUACAGACAACGACAAAUGUAUUUGCAAAUGUUCACAAAUGGCAACAGGAGGAUGGUGGUUUGAUGCCUGUGGUCCUUCCAACCUAAACGGGAUGUACUAUUCAUUAGGGCAGAACACAAACAAGUUUAAUGGGAUCAAAUGGUAUUAUUGGAAAGGUUCUGGAUACUCCCUCAAGGCAACAACAAUGAUGAUUCGACCUGCUGACUUUUAGAUGUCAUAUUUCAAUAGGCUGCGUGUUACUGUAUGUUACACAAAGACAAUUUGCCAAAGCACAAAGACACAGCUGCAACCCUGUUUACUGCUCUUCCUAAGGAAACGGUGCUACUGUUCUCUGGAACAGUUUUGACUACCAAAUCAUCAGCUCUUUUUAGUCAUAUAAACUGCAACUCAUGGACGCAGCUUUAAAUGUAUAACCCAACUUUUGGACCCAAGGACCUGUAAGGCAGCUCAUUCCAUACGUUUUUACUAUAGUCAUUUUGAUGUGCUUGAGAUUUGCAUAUAAAUAACUGGAACUGUGAAGUAAGCAAACCACACCAUGUGCCUUCCAGCACAAUUACAGAUAGUAUUUUAUGACAUUCUACCUGCAAACCACUUUGUAUUAUGUUCUGUAUUAUGUAGUGUACAUAGAAUUGUAAAUUGCUUUCAUACAGACUUUUUAAUAUUUUAAAUAUAUUCAUAUCUGAGAGGGUGACGUAUCUUUUAUACAUUUUUUUUAUUAUAAGUAAUAUCAUCAUAACUCCCUUCAGCAGCCAAGGGGAUAAUGAACAAGUAGCAUGUUAACAGCCAUUAGCAAUUUAUACAGCUAUUGCCCUACUUGAACUUGCUUUGUUGCACAUAAGUUGAAAAUGCAAAUAUUGUUAAAUGAUUUUGUGGUUAUCUUAAAGGACCCAAGAACAGAAAGUCAUUAUUUGCGUUAUCACAACCUCUAUGAAGAUUGCACUUUCUUUCUACAUUAGCUGGUCUAUGUAAAAUAAUUUUGUAUACAAAAUGAUAAAAAAGUUACAUUAUAAAAGGGUCCUGUUCUAUAAAAUCCUCACUGUAUACUUCUGUUUUCAUAUUUUUGCCAGUAAGCCUUUAGUGGGGUUUGCUUUUUAUUGUAUACUAUCUUCAGAAACAGGACAGCCUUAGGAUUGGAAACUAGAGGGGCUCAGAAAUAAUUUGUUGUUUUCUUCUAAUAUCCCUUAGGCUAGGUACUCUAAUAACAUAAAACAAUAAAAUACAGCAGUGUAAAUUAUCAGUUUUCUUGCAAUUGUGUAUAGUAGGAUGCCAAAUAUAUACAGCUAAUAAAAUUUAAAAGAUACUUGAUCUAGAUGUUCUAUUUUGUUGCACAACAUGCAAGAUAUCAGCCUAUUUUUGACAGUAUUACACAUACCUAGUAGUAUCUGGAUUAAAUUUACAAUACCGUGUGUUAGUAUUCUUACAUGUGUGGAAUUAAGUCAAUCGGUACACUGAUAUGCAAUGAUUUGCUGGUCCUUCCAUUUACCCAUAUAAAGACUCAUCUUACCCAGGUAACACAUAUACUUAUGUCUAACCACAACUGCCUGAGACCAUACAUAGUCCAUGAGGAUGUGGAGCCCCUUUACAAAAGUCCUUCAUAGCAGAUCAUCAGGAUUCAGGUGCUUCCUGACUCAGGAAUUUGGUGGCAUAUUACAAAUAUAUAAUAAUUAUAAUAGUAAUAAAGGCAAAUAGUUCAGGAAGCUAUGUUAUAUAUUCCCUCCUUUUAUCUCUAGAGUGCAGUCACCAUUUCAAGCCAACACCAUUCACUCCAACAUUGAACAUAACUAGCCAAGGGUAGGAUUAUUAUGCUGGUAAUUGGUAAGUGGUAAUUGUGUUUUCCCGACUGUGAACUGUAGAGACUGGUGACUAGUAAAUAUGGAAGUGGUCACUUCUACCCAUACUGUUUUUUUUUCUUUUCUUAAAUUAAAGUACAAAUUGAUCUGCA